CCAAAUCAAUUUUAGAAAUGGCAGCUCAUUUGAGUUUAGGAAAAGUAAAUAUUGCCGUUUUGAGGGAGUCAUACAGAAGAGAGCUACUCGAAUGUUUGGACAAAUGUACAGGGAGUAAGGCUUUAGUUUGGGAUGAUGGACUUACAGGACCGUUUGGAUUGAUUGCAGAAUACACACUCCUCAAGGAACAUGAAGUGGACAAAAUGUUUCCAUUACAAAAGUCAGGCCGGCUUCCACAGAACAACUGCCAGAAUAUUGUUUUCAUAUCCCGGCCUAAACUAGGUCUUAUGGACAUGAUAGCCCAGACUGUAUUAAAAGAAGAAGAAAUUGGAGGAUUUAGAAAAGAAUUUCAUUUAUUCUUUGUUCCAAGGAAAAGUUUAUUGUGUGAGAGAAAGCUGAAGGAACUUGGAGUAUAUGGGACAUUCACUCAUGUUGAUGAGUUUAGCUUAGAUAUGAUACCACUAGACUCUGAUCUGCUUUCCAUGGAGUAUGAAGCUGCAUACAAGGAAUGCCAUUUAGACAGCGACUACACUUCAAUGUAUAAUGCUGCCAAAUGCCUGAUGACAAUUCAAGCUCUCUAUGGAACAAUACCUAAUAUAUACGGCAAGGGUGACUGUGCCAAGCAUGUGGCAGAUAUUAUGUUACGGAUGCGGCGUGAAAAUGCUGGGAAUGAAGCACAGAUUUCUCCCCAGAUUGAUACCUUACUUCUGAUUGAUCGAGCCAUAGACCCCUUAACACCACUACUAUCUCAGCUUACUUAUGAAGGCCUCAUAGAUGAAAUAUUCAGCAUUAAUAAUACUAGUGUCAAACUGCCACCAGAGAAGUUCAUGAAAAAAGACAAAGAGGCAGGGGAGAGCAGUGGGCCUCAAGAAGUGCCUACGGAACCCAAGAAAUUAGUGCUCAACUCUGCAGAAGAGCUCUACAGCGAGAUACGUGAUAGGAACUUUAAUGCAGUCGGACCUCUCCUGAGUCGGAGGGCUAAAAUGAUCACAGCACAGUUUGACGAGCGGCAUCAAGCGAAGACUGUUGGUGAAAUUAAACAGUUUGUCUCUAAGUUACCUCAUAUGCAGGCAGCAAAACAGUCACUUGCCACACAUACAUCUAUAGCUGAGCUGGUAAAGGAAGUAACAGACUCUGACAGUUUCUUAGAUUCUCUCCGUGUCCAACAGGAAUUCACCAAUGGAAUAGACAUUGAUAAGGCCAACCCACAAAUUGAAGAUAUGAUCGCCAAAGGAGAAAAUCUAAUAAAGGUGUUGCGGCUGGUCUGCAUACAAAGUAUAUGUAAUAAUGGACUAAAGUCAAAAGUACUAGACUACUAUAAGAAAGAAAUAAUACAGGUGUAUGGCUUUGAGCACAUAGUGACUAUUAUGAACCUAGAGCAGGCUGGUCUGAUCAAAGUCCAAGGACAGAAAACAUUCCCAACAAUUAGGAAAACUCUGAAACUCUGUGUGGAAGAAGUCAAUGAACAAAAUCCCAAUGAUAUAUCAUACGUAUUUAGUGGCUAUGCCCCACUCUCAGUGCGACUGGCCCAGUAUUUAGCAAGACCAGGCUGGAGAAGUAUUGUAGAAGUCUUAUCCCUUCUGCCAGGUCCAACAGUGGAGGAACAACAGAAACUACCUGCUGGACUACGGAAGAGAAGAACAUCAAUCACAUCCACACAGUCAAGUACAGGAGAGCCUAAAGUGACAUUAAUAUUCUUCCUUGGAGGGGUUACAUAUGCAGAGGUUGCAGCUCUUAGAUUUCUGUCACAGUUUGAAGAUGGCCCAACCGACUAUCUGAUAGCCACUACAAAAAUAAUAAAUGGACAUACAUGGAUUGAAUCAUUAUCAAACCCUAUUACAAUCGCCCCAGUGAACCCAUUUUGAAAACAUGGUUGGUAUGGACUGAAUAAUUGGAGAAUAUAGAUGAAAUCCCAUUAAAAUUGCCCAAGUGAACCUAUUUUAAGUGAAGAUACAAUUUGUACAGACUAAAUAAUUGCAAAAUGUUAUAAGCAUCUCCGAAUGAACCUCAACCACCAUUCACAAAAAAGUAAGAGA